AACUUUUUCCGCGUGUACCCUAAUUAAGCGAGCCUACCAGAAAAAUCAAACCUUCAAUCUUUCUCUUCCUUCAACUCACGAUACAACCAAUCUGAACGACAUCAAGGCAACAACUCAACAACACAGUUGCCCAUCAUGUCGCUCGUCUCGGGAGAGAAGACGAACUUCCAGUUCAUCUUGCGUCUCCUCAACACGAACGUCGAUGGAAAGGAGAAGGUUAUGUACGCCAUGACCCGAAUCAAGGGUGUUGGUCGACGAUACUCCAACUUGGUCUGCAAGAAGGCCGAUGUCGACCUAAACAAGCGCGCUGGUGAACUCACCUCCGAAGAGCUUGAGCGAAUCGUCACCAUCCUCCAGAACCCCACUCAGUACAAGAUCCCUACCUGGUUCCUUAACCGACAGCGCGAUAUCGGUGACGGCAAGAGCUCGCAACUCUUGGCCAACGGUGUCGACUCCAAGCUCCGUGAAGAUCUCGAACGCCUAAAGAAGAUCCGCGCUCACCGUGGUCUCCGACACUACUGGGGUCUCCGUGUUCGUGGUCAGCACACCAAGACGACCGGUCGUCGCGGUCGGACUGUUGGUGUCUCCAAGAAGAAGGGUGGUUAAAAAAUUACAUGGUGGUGGAGGCAUGGUUUCAUUGGUUCAGAUCAUUCAUUGCGGAUGGACAGGCGUGAAGGCUGGACUGAAAUUACUGCAUCAACGUUUUCACUGAAUUACUUUGCGAUUUGGGGACAUUGCUCAUCGGUUUCGGAAAGUCGCAGGUGUACUCUAGAGAAAAAAGAGACAUUAUUGUGACCAACA